UCAGGAAGAGAGCGAGUAGGUGAAAAUCUGAUGAAGAAUGGAAUUUCUUAAAGAUUUGGCGGCCUCUUUAAGAAGUGCCAGGACUGUGGAACUGCCAAAGGAUCAAGAAUCAGCAUUUUACAUGCUUAUGUCCAUGAUCAUUGGCAAUCAACACAGAUCUGUAUCAGAACUUUUAUCAAACUCCAAAUUUGAUGUCAACUUUGCCCCAGGAAGAGGCCGCAGAAAUCUGCUCCACAUUGCUGCAAACACUGGUUCCUAUGAGUGUCUGGUGAUCCUGAUAAAGAAAGGUGUGGAUGUCAAUCGUCAGGACAUGUCUGGAUGUACGCCUCUACAUCUGGCUGCCAGGAACGGACAGAAGAGAUGUAUUAACAAGCUACUGGAAUGUAAAGCAGAUGUCAACAUCAGAAACAAUGAAGGAUUAACUGCGAUACACUGGCUGGCUGUCAAUGGUAGAACAGAAGUAUUACACGAUCUGUUUGCAUAUGUCCCUGAUGUAGAUGUAGAGGAUGCACAGGGACAAACAGCAUUACAUGUAGCCUGUCAGAAUGGUCAUAAGUCAACUGUGAUUUGUCUACUGGACCAUGGAGCUGAUGCUAACAGACCAAACCAUAAUGGAUGGACCCCAUUACACUUUGCCUGCAGUCACGGCCAGCAUAACACUGCAGACAUUCUGUUGAGGCGAGGGUCUAGGUUUAAUGUGGACCAUUUUGGGAAAACUCCCCUGGAUCUAUGCUUACAAGGUGGGUACAGUGAGACAUGCAGUAUCCUUCUACAGUACUUACCAAAAUUAAUGGAGCAACUCAUCAACAGUGUCAGAAGUGAAAAGAUAAAAGAGGCAGAUUAUUUGAAGGUUCUGAUAUAUGUCAGUUCCCAGGGUAGUGGAAUGGCUGAUGUAUUACUUACCAGAUUAUCAGAAGAGGCCUCUAUAAUUGGACACAAUCUAUUGAGCGUUUCCAGCAACAUUGAAACCCAAGUGUCUUGUCUGUUAAGAAGUGUUAGAGUAUUAUGUAAAUUAUACUCCCACAUCUACCAAUCAUCUUCCAGCUUAUCUACAUCCAGCCAAUCAAAAGGACUGCAAGGAGUCACACGGGUGUCACCCAAAGCUAUACAAGUGUUCGGGCCACUUGAGGCAUUAUGGCAGCUACUUGCUGAUUGGCUGUGUCUUUUAAGAGUGGAAUUCAACAAAGAGGACAAAAAGUUAACAUCAGGGAAAACUCAAUCAGAAAAUUCAGUCUCAGGGCAACAAGCGAAAUCUCAGGAUGUUAGGAUUGAGAUAUCAGACACUCAGAGUGAACUUGUCACUGAAUGUAGUAAAGUGGUGGAUCCUAAUACCUGUGAUCAGGAGGGGAUCCUACAAAGCCUAUGUGUGGAUCAGGAUGUGGUGGGAGUCAUUCUGCCCAGGAUUUGUGGGGUCAUUCAUGCAUUUUAUAUUUGCUGUACCUGUCAACAUGGACACCCACAAAUGACAUCUCCAAGAUUUAUAGAAUUUGUAUGUCAGCAUAAUAGGGAGUUAAAACUUCUUGUUGGAAGGAACCCCGAGAUUAUUUUUGACCACUUCCACUUUCUCCUGGAGUGUCCUGAGUUGAUGUCUCAGUUUCUACAUAUCAUCAGGUCAAGACCAUUUGAAUCUAGGAGACGGUGGUUCUAUGAUAAUUUGGACAGGGAAGGUUCUCGAGGAGAAAUCAUUCAUUCCCCGCCAAGUGAUGAAGAUGUCCUUGUGAUAAGCCGAGAGAGAAUGUUUCACAGCAGCUGUGAGAGUCUGAUCAAACAGUCCUCAGACAAACUGAAGAAAGGUCUGGCCAUUAGAUUCCAGGGAGAAGAAGGAAUGGGAUCAGGAGUUGUAAGAGAGUGGUUUGAUGUUUUAUCACGAGAAGUUCUCAAUCCAGAUUAUGCCUUGUUCACUCAGUCGGCUGAUGGUUGUACUUUCCAGCCCAACAGUAACUCUGCCAUUAACCCAGAUCAUCUGAACUACUUCCGAUUUGCAGGACAGACACUGGGAUUGGCUCUCUAUCAUCAACAUCUCCUAAACGUUUACUUUACAAGAUCAUUCUACAAACACAUACUUGGUAUUCCUGUGAAUUAUACUGAUGUAGCAUCUAUAGACCCCGAGUAUGCCAAGAAUCUACAGUGGAUACUGGAUCACAACAUUGACAAUAUUGGCCUUGACCUUACCUUUUCGGUGGAGACAGAUGUGUUUGGAGCCAUGCAGGAAGUGGAGCUUAAACCAGGAGGUGCCACGACACCAGUGACAGAGAAAAACAAGGAGGAGUACGUACAGCUGGUGACAGAACUCCGGAUGACCCGAGCCAUCCAGCCUCAGAUUGACAGCUUUCUGUCUGGAUUUCAUGAGUUUGUUCCACAGGCUCUCGUACAGAUGUUUGAUGAAUUUGAACUGGAACUACUAUUAUCUGGAUUACCAGAGAUCAAUGUUGACGACUGGAGAAAAUACACAGAGUACAGUGGAUAUGAUGAAAACUCUCCUCAAAUACAGUGGUUUUGGGAAGUGGUAGAAGAAUUUGGUCAACAAGACAGAGUUUUACUGCUACAGUUUACCACAGGAAGCUCCCGUGUUCCCUUUGGGGGAUUUUCUCGUCUGGGUGGAGGUGGAGGACCACAAAAAUUCACCAUCAGCCAUGUCACCUACCAACCCCAGCUCCUACCUACAGCCAGUACAUGUAUCAACCUAUUGAAACUACCAGAAUAUUCAACAAAAUCUGAGUUAAAGGAGCGUUUGAUGGUAGCUCUUCAGUGUGGUAGUCAAGGAUACACUAUGGCCUAGUCAGUGACGUGUCAUGCAGCAAAAAUAUAGUCCCAAUUCAUAAUAACGAUUUCUGUCCGCAGGAUCAAAGUAAUAGUCAAGGAUACACUGUGGUACAGCCAUAAAUACUUGUGACACAAAGAAAAUAAUCCCAGCUCAUUGUUAGAGAAAUUGUUGAUGUAUCCUUUUUCAUACACUUACAAUGCAUUUCAGUGAUGUUAUAAACUUUUAUUUGCUUAGCCAAAGUAUGCUAUGCAUGUUCAUCAGAUAUUCAGUGUUCAGUUAUAAAUAUUUUUUGACUGUUGGAACCUGUCCUAGUCUGGCUCAGUGUAGAAGAAUCCUGUCAGGUUAUAUCUUGUACUCUGUGUUGACAGAAGUUAGCUAAGAAAAAAAUAGUCAACCUAGGUUAUAUAUGGCAACCAGUUUACAGCUAAGUCUUUAAAAGUGCAAUUAAAUAUUUAAAAAGCUCAGAUAUUAAGUAAAUGUGUUUAUAUUUGUAAUGAUGCUACUGAAAGUUAAGGGAAAGGCACUGGGCAUUCAUUUUCUUCUAGCAUAGACAAAAUGAGUUUGUUGUUAAUUUAUGUCAUCCUUAUACAUGUGCAUAUUUACAAUAGAAUAUUUCAGAGAGAGAGAGAAUUGUUGUUCUUCUUGACCAGAGUGUACUGGUACCUGUUGUAGAAAUUUGUAAACUCUUACUAUUUAUUCUAAAUAAGAGUUAGAUUAGUAUAUCUUUUAUAAAACAUAAUGAAUUUUAAAGAUUUUGAGAAAUCAUUUUGCAUUAAGUUGAUGUUAAAUGAUCCUUGUGCAAGAAAAUUUAUCUUGAAAGUUGAGUCUGAGGUCUAAAAUAUUAACUCACCAGAGCCAGUUCAGAUAAGCUUUCCUUAUAAUUUUUUUUCUUCCACAGUCUAUACAUAUUUUUCUUUUUGAAUAUUAUCUCAAGAACCACCCAACUUUGCAAUAAGCAUUUUGGGAUUCAAAAAUGUGUCUUUCCAGGAAUGACCAUAUAAUUGUGUUUUUAUAUGAUACCCUUUGAUACUUUUUCUUG